ACCCGGAAGCGGCCUUGGCGUCGGGCGGGAGGGAGGAGCGCUGAGGAGGCGAGGCCGACGGCGCAGCUGUUGCCCGGAAGAUGGCGGGGACGGCGCUCAAGAGGCUGAUGGCCGAGUACAAACAAUUAACACUGAAUCCUCCGGAAGGAAUUGUGGCAGGCCCCAUGAAUGAAGAGAAUUUUUUUGAAUGGGAGGCAUUGAUCAUGGGCCCAGAAGACACCUGUUUUGAGUUUGGGGUUUUUCCUGCCAUCCUGAGUUUCCCACUUGAUUACCCGUUAAGUCCUCCAAAGAUGCGAUUUACCUGUGAGAUGUUUCAUCCCAACAUCUACCCUGAUGGCAGAGUCUGCAUCUCCAUCCUGCACGCUCCCGGCGACGACCCCAUGGGCUACGAGAGCAGCGCCGAGCGGUGGAGCCCCGUGCAGAGCGUGGAGAAGAUCCUCCUGUCGGUGGUGAGCAUGCUGGCAGAGCCCAACGAUGAAAGCGGGGCCAACGUGGAUGCCUCCAAAAUGUGGCGGGAUGACCGGGAACAGUUUUACAAGAUCGCCAAGCAGAUCGUGCAGAAGUCGCUGGGGCUCUGAGCCUUGCCCACAUGUGUGCACAGCUGUGUGCCCGCGCGUGCGUGCAGGCACACCACCGAGCAGUUUUUGGAGUUUCUCCUCCAAGACACUUAGUGACAGUGACACUGUGCUGGUACCAAAAAAGGCAAGCUUGCAGAACCACAGCAUCUAUUUCUUUUCUACCUUUCCCACCCCAAACAGCCUUCUCUUCUGCAGUGAUGGUUUCUGUAGGACGAUGACAGCUGGGUGCAGUUGAGGGACCCACCCCUCGUUCUUGCCGAGGUGGCCCAGGGAGAUGAUGAGAGCCGUCACCACUACCUCUCCAGCUGACGUGCCUGCGGACCCAGCACUUAGUGCGGAGCGGGGAGGGGCGUACGCGCCGGCCCCCAGGGACUAGAACCAGUGACGCUCCUUCCGAAGACGUGGGGCCUUGCAGACCAGGAGGAGGACAGUGGCCGGAUGUCUCUGGGGGCCCCUCCUGGUUCCCUUGUCCCCCGUGAGGAGGACAUGACUUUGUUUCAGUACUUUGUUUUACAAGCAGAUUUUUUUCUUGCAAUCUAGGCACAUUUUUCAUUUGUUGUAUGUUACAAAUAAUCACAUUUAGAAAUACUUUCAGGAAAUAAAUACUUUUUUAAAAUGUGGACUAAUGAAAAAUGGGGCACAUAGAAAAGAAGUUUCCUCCUGGCCAUGAAGACCGGCGUUUUCCCUGCUGGUAUUGAUCACAGUUAACGCUCGUGUCUCAGUUCCCAGUGCAUUUACCAGAGCAGAGGCACGUGAGACCGAGAUUGUAGUCAGAGUGUCUUCUGGGUGUGUCGGAGCUUUUCUUUUCCAAUCUGAAAACUGGAAAGUGCUAAGCGUUUGUACGUGGUGGCUGCAGCGGGAACUUCAACUAUUGGGACAAAACCGUUCUUUGCAACUUGCGAAGGGACGCUCCCCGGAGCGCAGAGCGCAGAGGUGUGUUUCAUCCCAGACCUGACCGGCGCUCGUGGGAGCGUGGCACAUGGGGUCCCCGGGGUCCCCGGGUCGGUGGGGGGUGCUCGGCUGCGGCUCGUGGUUUGGAGGUGGUCUGGAUUCCUCCGGCGUGGGUAGCUCAGCCGCGGGCGGCUCAGCCGGAGCCAGGGCUCCGUUUCAAGCAAUAACAGAUCUGUUGCAUGCAGUUAAAUAUGUGGCCUGUUUCAAACAGGUUAAAUUUAAAUAGGAGUUUCUAUUUUUGAAAUAAGGGACAGUCUACAAGACGUACAAUACAUUUUACUUUAUGUUAUCCUUUCCCUUUCAUAAUGUGCCCGCGGGCAGGAGUCUGUUUUACUGAAACCUCGCUAAUUUCUUGGUGUUAAGUAGUACUGGCUAAAGGGCUUCUGUGGAAACCAGACUCUUUCCUUCUCAGAAGGGAAUCAUUUAAAAGUUGAAAUGCAGUACGAGGACUUGUAUUCGGAAGGGGAUGGGGAAAGGAGAGGUGUCGUACCUACAUAGUAUCUGCGGGCGUGUCAGAUGAGACGUAGCCCUCUCCACAGAGAGGAAAAGGUGGGUGUGGUGGAGUGUGGGCCUGUGACCACGUCAGCAGGUGGCCACGGGGGCUCAGGAAAUCUGGAGAAGGAAGAGGGGCAGUCUCUUUGCAAAAGAAAGUAUUUUUAUUCAUUUGUAUUUAUUAAAUGAAACAAAAGAGGAGUCCCAUGGUGUCCUUAUUCUGUGACGGAGUUUAUUAAUUCCUAUGGUAAAAUAAAGCUAUAUUUUCCCCCGUCCCAA